AUGACCGGAGGGAUCAAAACAAAGUUCGAGAGUUGCUAUCUUAGAGGUGUUAAGGUCCAUUCGGCGUUUUUUCAAGUUUUCUUCAGAACCCGUGGCAAAGAUACGUUUUGGGAGAACAGAAGAACGGUCAAUCAAAACAGAGAAUUUCGAUUUCAAAUUUUGAGAUCGGAUCCGCCGACAGUCAACUUCAUCGGUGUUUUCCCGUCGAUCCAGAAGGAACCAGGAAACGAGCGAGAUAUCAUUGGAAAGCUCUUACUAGCCAGUUCCGAUCAGUCUCGGUGUAAGGGAGAAACGGUCAACCUAAACGAAAGAUUUAAAUCUGUAAAUUUGUCAGUGUUGGUACAGUCUGCAUUUGCAACCAGUGUGGAGAUGAAGCUAUUUUGGUUAAUCAAAUGGUGCCCGAUCAGAGUAAACUCGGUGGCUACGGACAAAGGACAUAUAGGACUACAUUAUGACCGGAGGGAUCAAAACGUUAACGAAAGUUCGAGAGUUGCUAUCUUAGAGGUGUUAAGGUCCAUUCGGCGUUUUUUCAAGUUUUCUUCAGAACCCGUGGCAAAGUUUUGUUGCUCAGAUUUGCUAGAAACUGAAAAUGAGGAGACAGGGAAACUUUGCAAAUUCACCUGCAAGUGGAAUAUGUCAAGGCUUAUGUCAACUGCUGUUUACAAUGACAAAGUAGAAGAGCUCUGUUUAUCUAGAGGAUUACGGUAGGACACCUGCUUGACAACAACAAAAAGAAGCACAUCCAGCAGAGGAGAUAAGACAAGCAAAACUUAAAAGGACGUGGGAGGAUAGUAGGAGAAAUGUCUCGAUACAAAUA